GGGGGGUCGAUGUUGCGAGCCCCAGGGUGAGUGGAGAGAGAGAUGUGGGGGGGAAUUCAGCUGAAGAUAUGACACACAAAACGCUGGAGUAACUCAGCGGGGAGAGACAGCGACUCUGGACAAAAGGAAUAGGUUGGGAAGCAGUGUGGUCGCUGUGCAUGCUGGGCUGAGAUUGCAGAGAGGAUGGGUGAUGGUGGGGAGAGGAGUUGCAUUGGAGGAAGCAGCGGUGGGGGAGCCGCAACGCCGUGCGAUGUUGCAAGUUGUGCAGGCUGCGAGUGAGUGAGUGAGCGAGCGAGCGAGCGCCGCCGCCUCCGCCUCCUCGCCGGCCGCAGCCGCAGCCGCCCUCAGUCCCCCCACCAGGUCAGUUUCACUCUGGUUAGUUUCAGCUACGCUGUAACCAACGCAUCACAGCCCUGGCCACGCCGGGGGAGGGCUGUUUGAUUAUCUUCCUGCUCUAUUCCCCGCCGCCGAAAAGGAAAAGGAAAAAAAAAGACACCUCGGCGUUUGUCAGCAGCAGCAGCAGCAGCAGCAGCAGAGCCGGCUGGUGGGAGCGUUUGUUACAAAGCCAUCCCUGCAUCUCCUCACUGAGAUGGUAACCCAUGAAGCUCACUGUAAAGAACAUGGUUGAAAGGACCAACAAAUUUAUCCUGAUUAUUGCCGGCUUCGCAAUUUUCAUGAUGAUCGUUUUCCAGUACGUUUGCCAUGGGACCAAUUGCAGGAUCUCGGGACCUCGGGGCUUCCUACAAGACGAGGCAGUGGAUAUCUUCCCGACCCCGGACCCUCACUACGUGAAGAAAUAUUACUUCCCCGUGCUGGACCUGGAGAGGACAGUGGAUUUUGACAUCAAGGGGGAGGACGUGAUCGUCUUCCUGCACAUCCAGAAGACGGGGGGCACCACGUUUGGCCGGCACUUGGUGCAGAACGUCAAGCUGGAGGUGCCCUGCGAGUGCAAGCCCGGCCAGAAGAAAUGCACUUGUUACCGACCCAACCGCAAGGAGACCUGGCUCUUCUCGAGAUUUUCCACCGGAUGGAGUUGCGGCUUGCACGCUGACUGGACCGAGCUCACCAACUGUGUGCCCGGAGUGUUGAACAAGAAGGAAACCAAGAUCAGAACUUCGAGGAAAUUCUAUUACAUCACCAUGUUAAGAGAUCCGGUUUCGCGCUACCUGAGUGAGUGGAGGCAUGUCCAACGCGGGGCCACGUGGAAGACAUCUCUCCACAUGUGUGAUGGGAGGACACCAACGCCUGACGAGUUGCCAUCUUGCUAUGAGGGGAAUGACUGGUCAGGUUGCACACUUAAGCAGUUCAUGGAUUGUCCAUUCAACCUGGCCAACAAUCGACAGGUACGAAUGCUCGCCGAUCUCAGUCUGGUGGGUUGCUACAACAUGUCCUUUAUUACUGAGAGGAAGAGGGCUCAGAUACUUUUGGAAAGCGCCAAGAAGAACCUCAAAGAUAUGGCUUUCUUUGGUUUGACUGAAUUCCAAAGGAAAACACAGUAUUUGUUUGAGAGAACUUUUCAUUUACUGUUCAUUAAACCCUUCAUACAGUUCAACAGUACCCGUGCAUCAGGUGUGGAGACUGAUAAUGAGACAAUCCAUAGGAUUGAGGAGCUAAAUGACCUAGACGUGCAACUGUAUGACUAUGCAAAAGACCUUUUCCAACAGCGAUUCCAGUACAAGAGGCAGUUAGAAAGGAUGGAGCGGAGGAUACACAAUCAGGAGGAGCAUCAUCAACAGAAGAUCCCUGAGGAACUGCCCAAAGAGGAAAUGGAAGAACAAGGGCGAGUGCCCACGGAAGAUUACAUGAGCCAUAUUGAGAAAUGGUAGCCAUGGUGCGCCAUGGCUUGCAUCAAGUUCUUAAAACUUUUGGUCUUCUAGAUCAUUACGAAUCUCGGAGGUUUAAAGAAAAUUUUUAUGUCUGUAAUUUUGAAAUUAAUCUGUAAAACAGAGAUGUUUGCUUCAGAGCAGUAUGGGUCUUUCUCAACUAGAUGCACAUGGAUCUGGAAACAGAAUCAAGCCAGGAUACUCCAAUGUGAUCCAAAGGCACGAUCCAUUGACCCAAUGCAGUGGAUAUGUAUGCAGUUAUGAACAGUGGAUAACAAGACUUUCCAACUGCAUUGUGACACUUGUAAACACAUUCUCCAACAGGAAACUAAUUGUGUUUUCUUCAACUUAGUAACUCAUGCUGUUUAACUCUCAACAUGAUAUGCAGUUGUGUUCAUUUUACCGUUUCAUGGUUUUGAGAAAUUUAAAAAUUCAGGGUUGAGAUUUUAUACAACCACUGGCCAAGUGAACCACUGAGUAAGAGCAUUCCCAGUCUAAUUCAAUCCGGUCACUGAACUUUCUUUCUUCCAGUUUUUAGCUUCCCAACUCCUAUCCUGACGGUCUUGACUGCAUCACUAGAGUGCUGAUCCACGGACAUCGGUCGCCCUCCAUGUUUCUCGUCCAAAUGAUCGUAAUGUCCUUCGUGUGAAUUAUCCAACCUGAGGCAGUAUACAGACAUCACUCACUCAGUAUACAGACAUCAGUCACCAUAUAUUAAGCAAGAGUGAGAGCCUAGCCGAUUUUAAUGUUUGUUUGGUAGACACCCAAUGCUGGAGUAACUCAGCGGGGCAGGCAGCAUCUCGAGGGAAGGAAUGGGUGACAUUUCGGGUCGAGACCCUUCUUCAGACUGAUUUUUGUUUUGUUUUAAUUUGAUUUAAUUUUUGUUUUUUGUCCUUCCCUUUUCCCCCUUUCCGACGCCUUGAACAACAUGGCUUGUGGUAGAUCCCUUGCCUUGGGUGAGAUGGGCUAACCCACCACAGACUGUGGAUCAAGCUUUUACACCUUCUUAAUCUGUGAGAAUCUAAGGCUGACUUUGCCCUGAAGCCCAUCUGAAUAAUCAGUAAUAAUGUUCAUAUUGCUCAGUGUUCAGUUUAUUAAUGCCAUGUAGCAAUUAUGCACACACUCAUCUCAUCUGAGCCGGUUGUUGAGGAAACUUAGUAGGUAGAGCAAAUUCAUGCAGGAAACUUUAAAAUAAGAUUAUUUUAUUUCUACAUAGUAAUAGGAAUCACACGUUUUGUCAGGACUAAGUUUAAAGAAAAAAAGAAUGUUGUACCUUUUAUAAUUUUCUCAGCCAUUCUGUAAUAAUCUAUUUAAUCUUUUCAACAUUGUAAGUCACGAACCACAUCAUGCCCAUUGCAGUACAUUUUGUAGCUGUUCAUGCCAGGUACCAACUGAAAACUGCGUUAAAUGUAAUGGAUUUGCUGAAAGACACAAAGCGUUUCGGUCCCUGCAAAUGACCAUUUUAAUCUAGGACCUUGGUUGAAAAUGAGCAAUGCAUACCUUUGUUUCUAGACAAUGGAAACAGGGCCUGGGACACAGUUCACACAAAGCAUCAGGUCACUUUCUCAAUCGAGAUUAACUUCAAUAUUCUUGAGCUUGGUUCUUUGAAAACUGAUUAUCAGUCAUAAUUCAGAAGUCGUCAUGGUAUUUUUUAGCAAAUCCAUCAACAGCUCUGACUGAUCGGACAUUCACUUUUCUGAAGGGUAUAAUCUUAGUUCACCCAUUUAUACACAUGAUAAAGCCAUGGCAUACUUUAUAAUUGUACCACCUGAAGGGGGAAGGAUCCCGCAACAUAUCUUCCCCUCCUGUUGUUGGUUACUCAAGAUCUUGGGUAAUUCCUCAGUACCAGUUCAACGAAAGAAACAACCAGGUUACAUUGGGUGAAUGAACAUGUAUGUCUGCACCACUAUAUAUUUAACCAUCUACAAUCUCAGACACACAUUGGACAUUCGCCAAUUUCAGAGAAAAUGUCAAAGGUAAAUAUGGUUUCCAUCUGUACAAACUGUUGUGGCUCCCUGAGUUUCAAGAGUCAUUGGAGGUGUAAAAUAUUCUAAAUUUGGGUAAUAAGUUAUUUGUAAUGCUCAAAAAAAUAGAAAUAAUAGUAGGCUGAUGCUGAGCGACAACAGAUGAUGCCUGGGGUUCUCUAUGGAAACUUUGAAAUGGAUCAUCUUGUCAAACAAUCUACAUUUAUAAAUGCAAAAUCUGUGUAACCUGGAUAUAAAUACGGCUGCUUUUUGAAAUUCUAAUUUACUAUUAUUUUUGCUCUGUUGUUGUCAAUGUUCAAAGGUUUUUACCUCCAAACUCCAGCAAAGUGAAGAGACAGCAGCAGGGGCUUUUAUUUUAUAUGUUGUGCUUAUCCAGCCUUCAUGAUUAAUCAUUUUGCCUGGGUGCACUUGAUUUCAACAAAUGCAGUAACAUUUUGGGAGCCAAGUUUGUUCCCGUUUAAAUCGCUGCAAAGCCAUAUAGGGAGUCUCGCUGGUUAAUGGAAAUGAAAUAGACCAGUGAACGUUCAGUACAAUUUCCAUUUUCCCCAGGUACCAAACUCCAGCAUUUAAAGGGGAGCGGCAACUUUGUAGCGAGUACUUGGAUAGGCUCUGUUUCUGGAACAGUUGCGGGUUUCAUAUGUUAUGUUUGAUUAAAGAAAAGACAAAUAACUUGUAGUCGCAGAUGUGAUUGGUAAUGCAGCUAUGUAAUCUCACUCCCAACAGACCUGCUGGCUGUUAUUCACCGGGAGUAAUGGGCUUAUAUUUCUGGGUGAAAAUUUUAACAUGUUUUGAUAUAUGUCAUUGAGAAACAAAUGGAUAAAAUAAAUGAAUCUGUUUAAAUGGC